ACGGUGAAUCUCAUGCAUCAACCUCGCCUGAGAGGCGCUGCACAGAGGAAGGGCGCACCCGAGUAAUUGCGUCGGGGCGCGCCGGGCUCCGCGCGAGACGUGUGGGGGCGCGGGCGCGCAGCCCGGCGCGAGAAGCGGAAGCGGCAGCGGCGAAUGCGCAGGCGCCGGGAGCUCAGCUGACUGAGCAAGUGACUGGAGCUCUGCCGCUCGAAGGCAGCGGGCGAUGUGAAGGCAGGAGCAGGGCGGCCACAGCAUCACAGGCGACCCCGGGCUGCUUCGGCCUCACACCGUACGUUGAUUAUUUACUUCAGAAGUCAUUUACUUAUUUGAGGAUGACAGAAUUUUGGUUAAUAUCUGCUCCUGGAGAGAAAACAUGUCAACAGACAUGGGACAAAUUAAAUGUUACAACCUCAAGGAGCAAUAAUCUCUCUACUAACUUCAAGUUUGCAAUUCCAGAUUUGAAGGUUGGAACAUUAGAUGUCUUGGUGGGAUUGUCUGAUGAGCUCGCUAAGUUGGACUCCUUUGUUGAGAGUGUUGUGAAGAAGGUGGCCCAGUACAUGGCUGAUGUGUUGGAAGACAGUAGGGACAAAGUACAAGAAAAUCUUUUGGCCAGUGGAGUUGACUUGGUCACCUAUAUCACAAGGUUUCAAUGGGACAUGGCGAAGUAUCCAAUCAAACAGUCUCUGAAAAACAUAUCUGAAAUCAUCACGAAGCAAGUAUCACAGAUUGACAAUGAUCUAAAAGCAAGAGCAUCAGCAUACAACAAUCUGAAAGGAAACUUGCAGAAUCUAGAGAGGAAGAAUGUUGGAAGUUUGAUGACAAGAAGUCUAGCUGAUAUCGUGAAGAAGGAGGACUUUGUAAUGGACUCUGAAUAUCUUACUACUUUGUUGGUAGUUGUGCCCAAAGCAAAUUAUGUUGAAUGGGAAAAAACAUACGAAACUCUAGCAGACAUGGUGGUUCCACGAUCAAGCAAGUUGAUAUGCGAAGAUACCGAUGGUGGCUUGUAUAACGUGACAUUGUUCAGGAAGGCAGUUGAUGACUUCCGACUGAAGGCCAGGGAGAAUAAAUUUAUAGUGCGGGAUUUCCAGUAUAAUGAGGAGGAGCUGAAAGCAGAUAAAGAAGAGAUGACUCGACUUUCAACUGACAAAAAGAAACAGUUUGGUCCUUUGGUGCGAUGGCUGAAAGUUAACUUCAGUGAGGCUUUUAUUGCAUGGAUUCAUGUGAAAGCUUUACGGGUAUUUGUAGAGUCUGUUCUAAGAUAUGGUUUGCCAGUUAACUUCCAGGCAAUGCUUUUACAACCCAACAAAAAGAUGAUGAAGAAGCUUCGAGAAGUUCUCAAUGAUUUAUACAAACACCUAGACAGCAGUGCUGCUGCCAUCAUUGAUGCCGCAAUGGACAUACCAGGGCUCAGUCUAAGUCAGCAGGAAUACUACCCAUAUGUAUAUUAUAAAAUUGACUGCAAUCUGCUUGAAUUCAAAUAAAUGUUCAUAUAGUUUUUCUCCAGUCACCUUGGCUUUUAGAGUGUGGGUUACAGUAGUAUUGGAUUGACACUUGCUCGUCCCUUUUUCUUCAAGCCUGGGUUAACUGGUGCUUGCUUAUUCAUUCCUGCAAUUAGGUCCAGUUCUGUGAUCUGUCCGCUGCUGUUUCCUUUGAAAACGUGUUGAUGUACUUUUUUACCAAUCAGGUAUUGAAUUAUGUGCUGCAAUAAUCUGGAUCUAUAUUUAUGAAACAAACCUAUUAUUUAAAAAUUUAAAAAAACUCAUUUGUGAAGUGCUGUGCAGUAAACUGCAUUGGUUGUCAAUAUUCCUGAAAGACCUUGUUUACAGCUGUAUAUUAAUAGUGCAAAGAAUUUGUAUCAUUUCACCUCUUUACCUGUGUUUGAUACAUAGAAUUUUAAAUAGUCAUUGGUCGUAACAAAUCGUGUUUAUUGAAAAAGUAUAUGUGAUGUACCAGGCCUGUACUGAUGUUUUAAACAUGACUCCAAUGUGCAAAAACUGUAUACAUUCAUGAUUUAUGAUGCCUACAAAAUAUGGAAUAAAUGUAAAAGUCAUGGUAA